AUGAAUGAGCUCGUCCAGCUUGGAAAUUUCCCACGCUCCAGACUGCCACAACGACCAUUCUCUACGGCUUCCGCUUACUACUCCACUCUCGCGGAUAUCCAUCUCGAGCAUCUAUCAACUCAGCGUAAUGACGCUGUCGAAUCGGCCAAGGAUUGCCGUCGUAAGUAUGUUGCACGGCACUUAUUCCGAAAGCUUGCAUCGGAAAUGCGACUGGACAAACAUGGUAUUUUUGAAUCCGGACCUUUCAAAAUCUUCUGCGACGAUCUUCGCCCCACCAAUGUCCUUCUAAAUAAGGACUUUAAGAUCGUGGCUGUGAUCGACUGGGAAUUUACCUACGCGGCACCUGUAGGGUUUUGCUACAGCCCUCCAUGGUGGCUAUUACUGGAGACACCAGAGGACUGGCCGUGGGGCCUCGAAGAUUGGGAAUUUCAGUACGAACGGAGAUUACAGACAUUUCUGAGCGCCCUCGAAGCCAAGGAGCAGGAGAGUCUACAGCAAGGCACCUUGGAGAGUGAUCAGAUAUUGUCCAUAAGCAUGCGGCAGAGCUGUAUGAGCGGCGCAUUUUUCGUGAAUUAUGCUGCGCGUAAGAGUUGGGCCUUCGAUGCUGUGUUUUUUAAAUGGGUGGAUAAGAGAUUCUUCGGAGAUGACGGAGGAGAUUGGUUAGGAACGAGACUGCCGUUGUUGACCACACAAGAGAGAGAGACGAUGGAGCCGUUUGUCGGCAGGAAGUUAGCAGAGGCUAAAGAAAGGAUGUUAUACGACUCGAGUCCGCGUCACUAA